AUGAUUGAUUAUGAAAAAGAGUUAUUAGCGGACUUAACAAGUUCAGACGAAGAAGAAGAAGAAGUAGUGGAGCUGUUACCUACUGAAGAUCAACUACAAACUAAUCAAACAAAUGAUGAAUCAUUGUCCCUACCCGAAAAACUCUCCAUUCUAAUUACAUCAUUAAAUAACCCAUUUCAAACCAUAUUACAACACCCAAAUAUAGAGUCGAUAACUGACUACUCAAGUUUAUCCAAAAUAUAUCCAUUGAUUUCAGAGCUAAAUACCAAAUUUGAACAACAAGCAGACGACGAAGAAGUGGAUUAUCUAGAAUUAAUCGCACAAAUUAAUAAUGAUGAUACAUUUGAAUCAGAGGAGUAUAAAUUCAUACUAUUAAUCAAUGAAUUGUCAACAUUAAUAAACAACGAAAUAUUAGCGUUCACAAUUCUUCUAAAAAUGCAAUAUAAAUUGGUAUUUCCCGAAUUGGAGCACAUUGUAUUAAAUAAUAUAGAUUAUGUGAAAACUAUAAUGUUAAUUAAACAGAAUUUGACAAAUAUUAAAUCAUACGAUGAGGAUUUACAAACAAUUAUGACUAAAGAUAAAGUGUUAUUAUUAAUAAUGGCUGCAUUGCAGCAAUCAAAAGACCAGUUUGAAUUGUCAGAUUCAGAUUUCAACAAAAUAUUAUCGUUAUGUCUACUUAUACUUGAUUUAAAUGAUGUGUUAAUCAAAUUAUCAAAUUUUAUUUCUUCAAGGUUAUCUAAAUUUGCACCAAACGUUUCAUCGAUUAUAGGUCCAAUUACUACUUCACAAUUACUUAUUGCAACGGGAUCAUUGAAAAACUUAGCACUAACUCCAUCUUGUAAUUUACCAUCAUUAGGUGUGAGAGAUUUAUCAACUUCAAAUAAAUCAAUAUCAAGAAAUAUUCGUCAAACUGGAUAUUUGUAUCAUAAUGAUCUUGUAAGAUACUUACCACCUGAGAUUCAAAAAUCAGUAAUGAGAAUAAUAAGUGGAAAAAUAAUAUUAGCUUCAAGAAUUGAUUUGUCAAAUUCAAGCCCCAAUGGUGAAGCAGGAUACAAAUUUAAAGAAGAGAUUGAAAACAAGAUAGAUAAAUUAUUAGCUCCACCUGAACAUGUACCUGAUAAAGCAUUAGCUAAACCAAUUGAAAUAAAAUCUAAAAAAAGAGGUGGUAGAAAAGUUCGUAAAUUCAAACAAAAAUUUGCAAUGACUGAUUUAGCAAAAGCUCAAAAUAAAAUUGAGUUUGGAAUGCAAGAUGACAAAUUUUAUGAUGGUAGGGAAUUUUUAUAG